AUCACCUCCGAAACGGCUAUCACACAUCCCAAACCACUGGAUCAUUCCUGCUUCUCUCACAGAAACUCAAGGCAAAAGGCCACCCAUAUUACCCUAUGCCCCCGAGGUAGACAGUACAUGAAUCAGGCCUCUCUCCCAUCGUCGUCAUCAUCAUUACAAUCACCCUUCCUCCAUCAUCCCCACCUCCAUCUCCACACACCCGUACCGUAUUUAACGAGAGAUUUCCUCCUCCAUUCCUGCCAUCUCUCUGCCUACACUGCACUGCAUCCCAAUCGAAUCCAGCGACUGCCUGCAUUCGGGAAAGAGGAAAAAGCACAUACGGCACGGUUUUGUGAUUAAGGACUCCGGCAGCUCAUCCUCUCGCCUCUGUCCAGUCAAGCUACCGGCUGCCGGUAUCCUGCCCUUGUCCGGUCAAGGCAGUUCAUAGUCCAUGUAGCCUGGCCACCCAAACGCGUUUCAUCAUAGCCUUCGCCUCUGCUUCUAACUAACCUCAACCCACUCUGCUGGCAGCCGUUUCUCUUUACUUCCCUCUCCCUCCCCUUCCUUUCACAUCCGGCUUCUUCUUUUCCCCCAUUUUCCUCUUCAACUUCUCCAUCUUUAUCUUUCGUCGUCUUCGCCUUUGUUGGAAGCUUCAGCGAAAGGUCACCCUACCUCCUCCCCUCCCCCGAGACCCAGCGAUUAGAAUCGCUAAAGGCUCUGUAAUCUAAGAAGAGGGAAAAAGGGAAAAGGGGCAAUAUGGGUGUAGCGGGUGCCAAGAGGAAUGUGAGAGCCCUUCGUCCAACUCCUCGGACGACCGGUGGCGGUUCUACCCUUUUCAAUGUCGUUGCUAGAAUUCUGGCAUGGUACACAUUAUACACCUUAUUAUUCCGCUGCCCAUCAGUGCCAACACACGGUUCCCCUACAAUCUGCCACACAUCUCAUGCUAUCUCGAACGCUCUCCGACCGCACCUUGAGCCAUACUAUGACACCUACGUUUCUCCUUACGUCACCGAAUAUGGUCCCUAUGUGAGGCACGCUAAUGAGCACUACAUUAUCCCUGUCCAUAAAUCGGCUUCCUCUUCUUACGAAAAGUUUGCUGCUCCUCAUGUUGCUCGCGGUCAGGAGUAUGCCUCUAUGGGGUACAAUAGAUCGGUAAAGCCUCGCGUUGACGAGGUUUUCAAAAAGGCGAGGGUGUACUACGACGGCUACCUCUCUCCUCAUGUAGCUACAGCCAAUGAGUUCUAUGCUACAGCCCAGCCUUAUUUGAUCAAGGUCAGGAAGACCGCCGGAUGGUUUUAUAGAGAGCUCUUGGUACCUGCCUUUGAGCAGAGCUUGCCGUACGUGAUCACUGCCUACGAGCAAUUAAGGCAUAUCAUUGUUACUAUUAUUGCUCCUUUGGUAAAGGCCAAUGGGGAGAAGGCUGUUGGGUGGGGUAUUAAUGUAUGGAGUGAGGUAGUUGGGCCCCAGGUUGGAAUGAUCGGAAAACGACUUGGAGGCACCGGAAGCGGAGUUCCUGUUGCUUCUAUCCCGGCCUCGAUGUUCUCUUCAUUUUCCUCGACCGAUACGGUUAAGGCAACCGCGUCCGCGGCGUCGUUGUCCUCUAUCAUUUCCUCUGUAUCCGCGGAAGCUGCGUCUGCCAAGGCCUCGGCUUCCGCGCAAGCAGCCGAGUCCAAUGAGAGUAAGACAUCGGAGAAUGAGGCUCAAAAACCCACAAAAGAAGAAAUUCGGGAGAUAGUUAAGGCAGACCUUGAGAACUGGAAGGCCAAAUUUGGCGCAGCCACCGAAAAGGCUUCUAUAGAUCUAAACGCACAAAUUGACGAAAUUACAACCGGGGCCAAGAAUAGACAGGAAAUACAUGUCCAGAGGGAAAUCGAGUCCCUUGAGGAAUUGAUUGAACGCGAAUUUAGCUCUCUCAAAAAGGUGGCUCAGGAACUCGCAAAACCAAUUGAUCCCGGAAAUGGAAAAGAGCACCAGCAAGCAUCUGAAGAAACCUUUGCCGCUAAAUCCAAGAAAUCAGGCAUCAAUAUUAGAGACAAGGCCCAGUCAAUCAGAGCCCAGAGCCAGCAAUUCUUGUCAGAAGUUUACGCCGAUGUUGUUAAGGCCGCCGAUAAUCAUUUGGAGGCCUUGGACUCGGUGCUAGAUCUCGCAAUGCAGGAGCUGGGAAUGAAAUGGGCCUGGAUGGAUUAUGUCACACACAAAGACUGGAAAAAAUAUCACGAGCUCAAGAAGGAUUUUGAUAACCUCCGAAGGAAUGUUGUUGCGGCAGCUCAGAAAAACAGAAAGCUAAUUGAGACCACCCGCUGGACAGAGCGUAAUUGGGAAGGAAAGGCGACAGAGAUUGCCAAAGAAGCGGCUGAUGAACUUAAAAGGUUAAAGACGGUUUCCAAGAGGAAGAUCCAAUUGUCUGAUCCUAGCGAUGAUUUUUCCGAAUCAACUGUUCCGGUCGCAGCACAUAAGGCGGCUCAGGCGAUCGUGGGGGAAGCGGGAGGCGCUUCAUCUGCAGCGGAGAAAUUAAUGGGCCAGGCAUCGGAAGAAGUGGUUGGCCCCGAGCACUCCACGACGCAAAGUGUGGCUAGUGUUAUAAUCGAGAAGGCGAAGAGUGCUGUUAAUCUCGCUUCGGAAAAGGCAGCCACAGCCAUUCCAGAAGCUGUUCUCGGCGAAGAUGAGUCUACUACCGUAACUCCUUCCAUCUCCUCCGUUGCUAGCGAGAUCAAAGAGACCAUCAAGCCAAAGGUUUGGGGCGGUGUAUAUGCCGGUUUUGUCGCAGAUCCUAGAGUAGAAUACAAUGUCGACGGCGACGAAGAAGGCACCGGCGAAAAAGUGCGGAAUGCCGUUGAUGCCGCUAGCUCGAGACUUGCCGAUGUUUCCAGGGCCGUUUCGGCGGCAAUCGCCGGAGCGGCGACCACCCUAUCACCGGGUGAGAAGCAUGCCUCCGUUGCAAGUGAGAAAUACGAAUCCGCCGUUAGUGCUGCCUCGAGUGCACUGUAUGGGACUCCACAGCCUGGCGGGGAAUCGCUUGGCAGUAUCGCAACCGACAAGUACUCUGCUGCUGUUGCUGCUGCUAGCAGUGUUAUCUACGGGACGCCAACCCCCGGAGCUAAGGCUUUUGCAAUAGAAGCCAAGAGCAAGUACGCAGCAGCUCUGGCAGCAGCAGAAGAGAGUUAUUCAAGUCUUCUUGCUUCCAGCGCGAGUGCCCAAAGUCAAUACGACUAUGCUGUCAAACAAGCACAAAUCACAUAUCAAUCUGUGAUUGAUGCGGCCAGCACGAAGGUUCACGGAACACCGCAACCUACAGGUGAAAGCGUGGUCAGCGCUGCAAGGUCUAAGUAUCAGGAAGCUCUGAGUGAGGCCCAAAAGACGUAUGAUCGUUGGUACAAUGCAGCUUCAACAACAGUUGGUACCCCAAUCCCUCCCUACCAAUCCGUGGCCUCCGCCAUCUCCAAACUCGCCGGAAACGCCGCCAGUGCGGCCUCGGAAAAGAUUUAUGGAACCCCGCAGCCCAUCACCGAAUCCGCAGCCUCCGUGGUCGGGGAAUACGUUGCGCCCGCGACCACCAACGCCGGGCAAAAAUACGAGUCCAUGAAAGCCUUUAUCUCAGAAUUAGUCCAUGGCAAGGAACCCACGUACACCGAAAGCGUCAUGUCCCGCUUCUCUUCCCUCUUCCACGCCACGCCGGCACCAUUAUUAUCUCGUGCCGGCAGCUCCUACAGCUCUGCCACCACCCACCUCAGCGGAUCACACGACCCAACCACCAGUACCAUGGGAAGCACUAUGACUCCCCCACCAUCCCUGGAAAGCAUAAUCUCCUAUGCAAACGCCCAAGUCCAAUCCGCCAUUUCCGUUGCCAGCGAACAGGUCUACGGGCCCACUUACACCCAGGGAAGCGUGGAAAGCAUGACCAGCCUCGUAAGCGAAGGAUCCUCAUCCGCCCGCUCCCGCGCCUCGUCCGCAAUCCAUGGCCGUGAGACAAUAGCCGCGUUUGAAUCCGCGAACGCACGCAUCAGCGCUGCGAUCGAGAGCGCCAAGUCCGCGAUUUCGGAAGCGGUGUAUGGCACGGAGAAGGGAACCGUCGAGCAGGCCACCAGCACGAUCUCGAAGGUUGUGAGUACCGUGACGGGAGCCGCUGCUGCAGGCGUGGGCGAUGCCCAGGCGAAGGCUUCGGAAGCGGCUUAUGUGUCUGAGAAGGGCUUCGUUGAGAGUGCCCAGCUGAGGGUGGAGGUUGCGGUUGAGAGCGCCAGGAGGAAGCUUAAUGAGGUUUUGUACGGAUACGCCACCCAGGCCACCGAAGCCGCUGGGAGCGCUUAUAGUCAGGCUACCCAGGCAGCUUCCUCUGUAGCGUCGUCGGUUUCCAGCGUCAUCAUCCCGCCGGAGGCUGGAGCACGCGAGAAGGUUUCCAGCUCAGUUGGCAGCGUGACAGAGAAGGUGGAGGAGGCGUACGAGACGGUUAGGGAGGAGUUGUAAAUUUUACUUAUCCUUUGUUCGUCUCGGCAAGUCUAAACUCCAAAACUAUUUUCUUUUUUGUGUUCCUUAUUCGCUUCUGCAUUGUUUUAAGUUUUACAUCCUUCAUCCAUCGUAACUACCGUAUACUACCAGUGCUCUCUAAGUUUAAGCCAUGUAUUUUACCUCUUUUUUUCUGUUCUUUUUUUUCUUCCUCCAGGGCAUACCUUUCUUAUACCUCCAAGUUACGGUCCUUUUGGUAAAGGUAAUGCCCACUCAGAAAUAUGAAUUAUGGGAUGAAUAUCAGGUCUGCUCCGGUGGGGGGAAGGGGGAAACAUGUUAGGGGAAAGUAUGUAACCGCAGCAUGAGAUUUUGUCGUCUUUCAGAAAGGAAAUUGUACGCAUUACGAAUG